UGGAGAGAAAGCACGCGAGAUUAAUCCUGGAGGUUUUAAGUUGUGGUACUCGAGGUUAUGAGCAGAAGGAAUAUCAGCAUUAUGUGUGUGCAAGAAACUAAAUGGGUUGGAGAGAAAGCACGCGAGAUUAAUCCCGGAGGUUUUAAGUUGUGGUAUUCGGGGAGAGAUAAGACUAGAAAUGGGGUAGGCAUUAUUGUGGCGCGUGACUAUGUUGAGGAUGUGGUAGAAGUCUUCAGGAAGAACGAUCGCAUCAUGAGCAUUAAAUUGGUGAUAAGAGGUGAGAUUGUGUCUGUGGUAAGUGCCUAUGCACCACAAGUGGGAUUGGAUGCAUCUACAACUCAACAGUUCUGGGAAGAUCUUGAAGACGUGGUGCGACGAGUGCCAAGGGGAGAGAAGUUGAUCAUAGGAGGUGACCUCAACGGGCAUGUGGGCUCGAGUCGUGAUGGCUUUGAGAAUAUUCAUGGCGGACAUGGUUUUGGCACUAGGAAUGAGGCGGGAAAGAACAUUUUGGAUUUUUCCUUGACGUAUGAGUUGGCUAUAAUGAACACUUGGUUUAAGAAAAGAGACUAUCACCUUGUAACCUAUAAAAGUGGAGCUAAUAGUACCCAAAUUGACUACUUCUUAGUACGGACCACUGGGAGAACUAGCUACACUGAUUGUAAGGUUAUUCCAGGUGAGAGUGUUGUCACUCAGCAUAGGAUGCUUGUGCUUGACUUUCGAGGUAAGAACCAUAGAAGACAAGUUAAACAACAAGUGGAGCCAAAGAUAAAGUGGUGGAGGCUAGAGGGAGAUCUUCAACAAAGCUUUACACACAAAAUGGUCGGUGAAGAUGUAUGGCGUAUUGAUAAUGAAACACGGGUGGAUGAUGUGUGGUUAUCAAUGGAGUUGACCAUUAACAAAGUGGCAAAGGAGGUACUUGGAGAAUUUAAAGGAUGUCGGCCACCUAAAAAGGACACAUCUUGGUGGAAUGAUGAGGUGAAACAAGCCAUAAGGAACAAAAGAGAUUGCUACAAAAAGUUGGGGACAAAUUGGAGUGAUGAGAACAUAGAAGCAUACAUGGAGGCUAAAAGACAAGCAAAGAAAGCCGUAAGGGAAGCACGAGGGAAAGUGAACAAGGAGUUGUAUGAAAAGUUGGACUCUAAGGAAGGAGAACUAGAUAUUUAUAGACUUGCUCAUCUUCGUGAUCGCAGAACUCAAGAUAUUGCAAAAGUUAAGUGUGUGAAGGAUGUUGAUCAGAGGAUAUUAAUGGACGACGGAGAGAUAAAAGAGAGGUGGAGGUCAUACUUUGAUACACUAUUCAACGGGAAUAAAACGCAAGAUAUCGGUGAUUUGUCCAUACCAGAUUGUAUGGUAAACCGUGAUUUUGUGAGAAGGAUCCAAACAACGGAAGUUAAACAAGCUCUGAGGAAGAUGGGACGGAAAAGAGCAAUGGGGCCAGAUGGCAUACCGAUCGAGGCUUGGAGAAGUUUGGGAGAAAGAGGCGUCGAGUGGUUAACAAGUUUCUUCAACAUGAUUUGGAGAAACAACAAGAUGCCAACGAGUUGGAGGAAGAGUACUCUUAUCCCUUUAUUUAAGAAUAAAGGUGAUGUACAAGAAUGUGCCAACUAUCGAGGGAUUAAGCUUAUGAGUCACACCAUGAAACUUUGGGAGCGAGUGAUUGAGCAAAGACUUCGAAGGACUGUGAAGAUUUCAGAGAAUCAAUUCGGUUUUAUGCCUUCCGUUCUUUUGUGAUUUUGCUGCAGACUCUCUUUGAAGUCCAAUCAUCUUCCAGGCCUCCUGUCUGAAGGUAAUAUGUCGACCGCCUUGUGGAGCCUAGGACAAGAUUGGGAUUACAGUGGACGAAGAACCGGACGGGUCCGAUGAGGCUACAGAUGCGGUAGACAACUAAGGCUCCAGCGAUGAUGACACAUUUUUUCAAGCUACGCACCGCAACAGAAAUUUGAUUUGAAGGCUAUCUAAUGGCAAGUACUUUCUAAUUACCACCACAAAGGGAUACUACCAUCCCCAAAGCAUCAAGUUCACAAGGCACGCUGUGCAUCCUUUCAAGACAUGGUGGUGAUCCACUUCGAGUUCAUGGUGGCCUAGUUGAGGUUCUUCAACAUCUGUUCUACUCGCAUCCAAACUUUUGUGGAAUGGUAUUGGCCUAGUUUUUUGUCAAACACUUUCAGGGUGAUAGGCGGAUUCGUGAUCCAAUGCAAGAAAGUGGAUAUAAGUCUUUGACCUCUUCCUCAAUAUUUCCCAAAUCUCCCCUCAGUACAACGAGGGAUACUUGAGUAUCAACGCCCGGGCAGGUCGGGUGAUCAUAGGGAACAAUAAGUCUUACAAAAACUUCUAGAAGAAGAAAUUCUUUUACGUCUAAGUUUCUGAGUGUUCGUUCAUGAAUCAAUUGAAUGCAUUUCCACCAAAAGCGGGUGAGCAGAAACUGGCAGGCGGGUUUGAUGAAGCCAUUGAGAAGAUCAAUGUGGUCGGCAUCGUGCAUAACGUAAGCUAUGUGAAUCUUGAGUGUCUUGCAUAGGCAGUGCUUGGCAUCCUGGAUCGCUUCUGACAACACAUCUUCAUCCUCAAGUAGUGUCUCUGAGUCGUUCUUGCACGGUAACCAAGCCUUUAAUUCAAUGAGAAGCUUGAACUCAGACUUGAGCAAGAGCGUGGCCACCAGGUCGAGCAGCGCUGGGCUUGCUCGCCCAUGUAGACAUAGUAUUUAUUUUCAUAGCACACCCUCAACUAAGCCCCCCCCCCCAUUCAGAGCAUGGCCACUAGGUCGGGCAGUGUUGUACUCACUCAUUCGUAUGGAUUUAGCAUGUUUUGUAGCAUACUAAAACUUCAGCUAAAUCAUGGUCACUGGAUCAGGCUGCGAUGGGCCUGCUCGCCCAUAUGAAUUAAGUGACAUUUUUAUCAUAGCACACUCUCAAACUGAGCCCCUCAUUCAGCGCAUAUCUCAAACUCAGAAUUUAGUCUGAGUUUAGCCACCACCAACCGGGGCCGGACGGCUCUGGUCUCACUCUCCAAUAUAGACUUAUUAAUUUUUUCUCAACUCAAUUCUUUUUCUCAAACGGUAGGCUUUAUUCAUAACUAUUGGCUUUUACAUUAUUGCAAUAACUUUCUUAAGUUGUCAACAUUCCAGCUACUAGAACACCUUCCCUUGUUUUAUGAAACUUUCCACCUUUAGUGGCUUACUCUUUCCCCUCUUCCUAUAAACCAAAUCCCCAUCCCAAAACGCCAGGACUCUGACUUGUACGUUGAAGUAAGUUUGUGUAACCUGAAGUUUUUUUCCUGUAUAUUAUUAUUUUGUAACCUAUUUCCAUCAUCCGCGAUGGAGUCAAAGAAGCACUGUUUUUUGGCUUGGCAAUAUGAUGGAAUAAGGCAAAGGGAGAUUUGGCAGAAUAGGAGUAAAUGGAGUUUGGAAUUCCAAAAUGGGACUACUAUGUUUUUAUUCCCAAAAUAUGACUAACAUGGCAGUAUUUACUGCCAUCUUGUAGACGUGACUGUCAAAUAGUUGCAGUACAGUGCAUUUAACAUGACAGUAUUUAUUAUAAUUAAUGUCAGUAUUUUUCAAUCAUGACAGUAUUUUUCAUACAUGACAGUAACAACUCCUAUUUCGGGAAUAAAAACAUAUUAGUCCUAUUUUGGAAUUUCAAACCUCAUUUACUCCUAUUUAGGGCAAUUUCCCUAAGGCAAAAUAUGCGCUUCUUUCUUAUGAAUCGGCAAUUGGUCCAUGCAAUUUUCGACGCGAUUUCCACUAUGGGCCAUCCGGAAACCAUCUCUCUGUGCUUUAGUACAGGGGUAAGGCUGCGUACAUCCGAUCCCCUUACCCCACUGUAGGUGGGAGCCUGGGAGCCUUUGCGACAUUGGGGUAAUGAUGGUGAUUAUUACUAUUAUUAUUGUUAUUUUGUAACCUGAAUUUUAUGGGUUUUUUUCUAGCUGAAGCCUGGAAGGGUCUAGUACCCUAAGUGAUUGUCUGAAUAGUGAACAUAAAUGAAUACAAACUGAAAAGACAACAAAUAUUAAUUACAACUGAAGCACUAAAGACUUAUAAUUACAGUAAUAAUAAGGAAAGUAAUUCCCUGACUAAUGAUGUCUCUCCGUUUUAAAAAUAUCCUUUAUGCCUAGCUUGAUAAUAAAACUCUGAAACCUAAGACUAUGCAGAGGUUUGGUAAACACAUCUGCAACUUGAUCCUCUGAGGGAGUGUAGCUUAGUUCAAUCAGUCCUCUUUCAACCUUUUCUUUGAUUAAGUGCCGAUCAAUCUCACUAUGUUUGGUCCAAUCAUGUUGAACUGGAUUAUGAGCUAUGUUGAUUGCUGAUUUGUUAUCACACUUCAACUCUGGUGGUCUCUUCCAUCUAACUAAGACAAUAACUCUAAUCCAUAGAAGUUCACACAAGCCAUGGGCAAUGUGUAGAGGUAUUAUUGAUGUUUUAUUGAAGCAUGAGAGAAUGUGCAUGUAGAUCUUGUCACGUAAGUCACCUUGUAUGAAAGCGUUCAUGACAUCAAAUUGUAGUAAAGGUCAAUCAAAGUGAGAUGUCAAGGAUAUUAGGAUACAGACAAUAUUGAGCUUGGUUACAUGAGCAAAGGUCUUUUGAUAGCCAAUCUCAUACGUCUGAGUGUAUCCCAUGUAUGGUUCUUUUCAAGAGCUCUAAUUUCCCCUAGUAUGCAUCCCUCUAUUCUUUCUUUCCUAAUGCGUCAGAAACAGGGUCGGGUAUGGGAAUUUCAUCAAGUCUUUCUGGUUGUAGGAUUAUAGCACUUGUAUCUUUUUUGAGUUGGAGAGUAACCCAAAAAGAUAUACUUAAUAGAUCAUGGGUCCAACUCCCCCUACGAGGUGGAGGAAUAUGAACACAUGGAGUACCUUCAAACACCCGUAAAUCCGUAAAUCACGAUAAGAAGAAAUUAUGGUUUGAGGAAAGAAGCGACAGAGAUUCAAGAGGUGACUUAUUUUGGAGUACGCGACUGGGAAGUUUAUUGAUGAGAUGACAUGAUGUGUGUCUUCCCCUAGUAGUGUUUAGGCAUAUUUGAUUGGAACAAUAAAGCACGGCUUACUUCUAGGAGAUGAUGAUUUUUUCUUUCUGCGGUGUCAUUCUAUUGAGGUGUGUAUGGACAAGAACACUCACGAACAAUACCUUUUGAGAGGAAAUAAGAUGAAACAGUUUGAUUGAAGUACUCAAGGGUGUUGGGUUAAUAGGCUCGGUUGCAGGUCGGACCAUUACCCACUAAACAUGGAGACCAUCAGGGCCCAUAUUGGGUACGGCCCAACAAGACUUGGCAGACGCUCGUCGAAUGGACCACGGGGAAGACGACGCUCAUCCUAGGAGUCCAGGGUCCCACAAGGGACAGAUGAUAUUCUGGGAUCCUCGGGUGCAGUGCACACCGGCCGUACGGAUCCUCUUCCUUGCAGGGUUCUAGGCCCUACGGGUUGGCCCUGAUCCACCAAGAUGUCGUCAAGACGCUCGGCCUCAGUGGCCUUUACCCAACGAGUGUCAGAUGACACUCUAGGGUCCUCGUUCAAGUAACUGGAUGAGCCGCACGGAGCGCAGCCCUUGUACCUCAAGAUCCAUUAGCUCAGUUCAAGGGAUGCUCAUCCAGGGCCUAUGCAGGAAAUAAAGAUAUUGGCGGGAGUUGCAUUUAAUGUAGUAGAUUUGGUGGUUAGAAGCUGGCCAUCCACAAUCCUCCACAUCAGCAAUACCAUUUGCUAGAUGGGGGGUCGAUCUGCUCAGGCCGCUGCCCAAGACGACCGGAGGACGAAAGUUCAUAAUCGUGGUCAUCGAUUAUUUCACCAAGUGGGUAGAGGCCGAGCCAUUGGCCACCAUCACCGAGUAUCAAUGCCAACGUUUCGUCUGGCAGAACAUCUUGUGUCGCUUCGGGAUUCCGGAGCAGAUCAUCACAGACAAUGGACGGCAAUUCAUCGGCAAGGGGUUCAAAGGUUUCCUGGCCAAAUUGGGAAUCAGACAUUCCAAGACCUCUGUGGCAUACCCCCAGGCAAACGGUCAGGUGGAGAACAUGAACUGAACCGUCAUGGACGGUAUAUAAAAGAAAUUGGAAGAUUAUGCCUCCACCUGGCCAGAGCAGCUGAACUACGUCCUGUGGACGUACUAAACGACUCUGAGGACGGCCACCGAUGACACUCCCUUCGCGUUAACGUACGGUUUCCAGGCCAAGGUUCCUACUGAGGUGCUCAUGCCGACUCACCAAACGACGCAUUAUGAAUCUCAACAAAAUGAGGCAACGCUGCGUGCGGAACUCCACUUCAUAAAGGAACGGAGAGACCUCGCCGCGCGUUAGAUGGAAGAAUAUCAUUGAGCCACCCAGCGCUACUUCAACAAAGCAGUAAAAAUCAGGGCCAUCGAGGUCGGAGACAUCAUGUUGAGGAAGCGAGAGAAGAGCAAGCCGUUUGAGGGUGAAAAUGGCCAAAAACUGGGAAGGCCUGUACCGAGUGGAGAAAAUUUGCACACGAGACGUUCUUACUACAAACUACGGAAGGACGCGGAGCGGGCAUAUGGAAUGUAGAACACUUGAAGAAGUUUUACCAAUAGCGGCCGUUGGCCAGAUUCACUCCCAAAAAGGGGGGGGGGGGGCAUAACUCCCGGAACUUGGGGGCUCCGGAUCUGGUUGUUGACCGUGGACGAGGAGUGGUCCAAUCUUUGGUCGAAUCACCAAGUGCUUGAUGCAGUUCGUCCCUGUGGGACGAGCUGAGAACUUGCUGACUAGGUCGUUGACGAAAAUUUGGGGGCUCCGGACCCGGUCGUUGAUCGUGGAUAAGGAGUGGUCCAGUCCUUGGUCGAAUCACCAAAUGCCUGAUGCAGUUCGUCCCUGUAAGGGAGCUGAGAACUUGCUGACUAGGUCAUUGGACGAAAACUUGGGGGCUUCGAAUUCGGUCGUCGAUCGUGGACGAGGAGUGGUCCAAUCUUUAGUCGAAUCACCAAGUGCCUGAUGCAGUUCGUCCCUGUGGGAUGGUUGAGGACUUGCUGACUAGAUCGUUGGACGAAAACUUGGGGACUCCAGAUCCGGUCGUUGACCGUGGACGAGGAGUGGUCCAAUCCUUGGUCGAAUCACCAAGUACCUGAUGCAGUUCGUCCCUGCGGGACGAGCUGAGCACUUGUUGACUAGGCCGUUGGGCGAACACGCGCAGGUUCUGGUACAGCUCGGCCCAAAAGGCCAUGUUGAGAACUCGUUGGACAUAGCGUGGACGAAUGGAAAAGAAAUGAAUGACAAAAGAUCGAGGAUUAAAGAAUGCUCUUUAUUCUUCGACUCUAUCGGCGGGGAAAAUACAACGAAUAAUACAAAUACAGAUGUUAAGGGGGGGGGGGGGGGGAUAUAUUAGGCCUGAUUGCCGCCCGGCGUGGUGUCCUUUGAUGCUGCACCCCGGUUCCUCUUGAUGAGCUUCAGAGCUCCCUCAUAAGCUUUAACAAAAAAGGAGUCAAAACCAGCGGCCUCAAGGUUGAAAAGUGACGUUUGAAGAUUGGCAGAUUCUCCUCGACGAGGCAGACCAUGCCUUUGGCGAAGGUGUCAUCGGCCAAGUCCGUAAGGAACCGCUGACCGGUGGGAGAACCCUUGAGCAAUUCAAUGCCGGCUAGGUAGGGCUCCUUGCUCUGUUUCAAAUGCUCCCCAACGAACCGGGGCAGGAACUUCCGUGCUAUAACCCGCAGAACUUCCUGAAAAGUAGUGGACCUCUGGAACUCGACAGAACCAGCAACCUUGAUCUUGGACACAUCGGCCUCAAACGCAGGGGCUGCCCUGUCAGCUCCAACCCGACGAACGAUCACGCCGGCAUUCUCAGCAGCCGCCAAUUGUGCGCGGAGCAUCCGUAACUCUUCAUCUUAGCUUUUGAGCUUCUGCAGUAUCCGCCUUCUCCUCAAGACGAGCCACGCAGCCCUUGGCAUUCUUAAUCAGAUCAUCGGCCUCUGCCUUCAGCUUGACCAUGGCACGGCCCAGUCGCUCGUAGGCUCUUCUGGCCUUAUUAAAAUAGAUCAUGGCUUUGAUUAGCUCACUAAGGCCACUUUCAAGCAGGUCCUCGGGCUCCUCGUAUGCUGCAAAGUCGGAUCGCAUCUUCAGCCCGAGGGUGCACCAUACGGAGGAGGCCGUUUGGCCAAACAGCAUCCUCGACUCAGAACAUGGCCCAACCCCGGAGAAUUCAAUGAGCCCCGGGGUGAGAUUGUUGAUCUCCGAUGAGGAAGAAGGACGAGUUACAUCUUUCUUGGAAGGGAUGGUCGCCUCAUCAUCUGACACGUCCAACAGGACUAUGGCUUUGGAGGCAUCAUCAUCACGCGAACUCUUGUGUGGACGCUCAGCUUCAGAAUGCGAUUGGGAUCAUGAUCGGGUCACUAGACAUUCAGCUUCCACGAUUGUUUUUCCCUUAUCUCUAUCUUGACGACCAGGGAUAGAAUGAAUGUUGUUGUUACGACCCAUAGCGGGAGGAUUAACGUAAACACCUGCAAGGGGAGAAACACAAUUAGAAUCAUGAAAAAAACGCAAAGACCCGAAACCCUGAGCUGUAAUUGGACGUACCUAUCCCGUCUUUCACCUUGAGGAAAUCGACCAUGUGCAGCCGAAGGUUUUGGGUACCAAGACCAGCAAUACGACAGCUCUUCAUCGGUCAGGGUUGGAGAGUCAAGCUUGACCGGAUAACGGUUCCACUGAUCCGAAAAAGGCAUCAAGGAACCCGCUUCAGUGAAAAAAGAAUUUACUCUCUCAGCCCUCCGGGUUAGGACCAUUGUUGGAAAAGAGGAACCUUUAAGGACGGGCGGUCAGGCCAAGAUAACCUGUGCGCCCGAAGGGUGAAACUCGGAAGAAGUGGAGGAACAAGUCCAUUGUGAGGACAACCCAUACACUAUGGCAACGAAUGAUGAAACUAGCGAUGAUUCUGUAGGAGGCCGGUACGAGCUGCACCGGAGCGAUCUUGAGCUCUCUAAACAGUUUAAUGUGGAAGGGGUGUAAGGGAAAGGUCAAGCCGACUAUCAGUUUAAUGUAGAACCAUUGGCUGAUCAUUUUGAUUUUAAUUAGAAAUAAGCAUUGACGGUGACGCCGGAUGCAAUGAAAAUUAAGGGAAUAAUGGGGGGGCAAUUGGGCAUUCCCCGUUCAUAAAAUUCCAGAUCAUCUCCGAAGAGACAACCAUCAUCCGCCUGAUCAUCCGGACGAACGGAGACGGACGACGAGCUGCCCCGAGUACUUUGGGCAAGCUCUAAGGUUUCAGGUUGGGAAAAAGCCGAGGGCCCCGGGUUAUCAGACAUGGGGGUCGUUUGGAUAUAAGCUUUUUAUCCGAACCGCCGAUCCUUUUUUUACUCAUGAAACGCUGCAUUUAUCAGCGAUUGGGGGGAGAAACCACCGAAAGGCAAACGGCCCCAUGGUAAGGUUUAAAUGAGCCGAGCUAGAGACUUACUAAGGACGGAGUAAGAAUAGAAAGAGGGAGGAAAGUGGCAGAGUAACGGCAGGAGUUAGAGAUUAUGGCUGGUUUUUUGAAACCAGGGGUACUUAUAAACAUCGCCACCUAGCCCCCAAUCAAGAAGAGACACGUGGUGGCAUAUGACGAGUGGUCCCU